CUCACGAACGAUUUCUUUCACGGUGAUGUUAUCAAGACUAAAAAAAGAUUUUAACGCAAAUUUUUUUUCUGAAUUUUUCCAAUUUGCACGAUAUACCUUUCCAAAACCUCCGGUACCAAUAUGUUGAAUAUUAUUAAAUUGCUGGUAUUCAUAAUAUUUAAAAUAUUCUUUAUCAACAGCUUCCUCAAUCCAAUUGACCCAUUCAUUUGUAUACUCGGUAUCUUGCAUUUUGAUAUUAUCGAACGUUAUUGAACGUAUUGAAUAAUGAUAAGUUUAAUAACAGUGAAGUUAGAAAAAAAUGAAAAGUAAAGAAUUAUUAAAGUUUAUUGUGUAUGCCUAUUUUAUAUAUUUUUUUCUCCGAUGAUAGUCGUACAAGCGUACAGCGUGAUCCAAAACCAGUAACCAUGGCACCACAAUACCGCAGUAACGAAGUAAUGAUAGUGUUUUUAUUAAAGUAUCACAAACCACAUAAUUAUUUUCAGCAUAUUUUAUUUACUCUAAAAUUGUGGAAGCAGCGAUUGACAGAAGGAAACAUUGCUAGAAUAUGGAGUGUACGUAAUUUCAAGACAGUUUUUAGAGAAAUAGAAACGGAAAGAAGGAAAGAAGACAUCAACAAAAAAGCAGGGACGGUCAUUUCAUCCACGGUUCUUUAUACAUCACAAAUUUCUACACCACGAACGCCUCAAAAUAGAACAUAUGUAGGGUUAGACAAAAUCGCUACAAGUAGAAAUAAAAACAAAGAUAUAACAGAAGAUAAAUCGAUUGACGAAGAUGAAGUAGUGGAUCUGAUCAAAAAAUGGAGAGUAGGAGAAGAAGAAGAAUCAGAAUUAGAUGAAGUUAAAAAAGCGGAAAUCGCACUCAUGAAUUCUUUGAUAGAAGAUGAUGCCACGUACUCGUUGAAACGGGAUAACAUUGCACCAGACGAAGAUGUUGAGGUUAUAAAUAAAUAUCAGACGGACGAAAAAAUAAAGUACAAACGAUUUAAAAACUCAGGCAACAACGAUGAGAGUUAA